AUGUUAUUCCGACGAAAUUCAAGCGGGUCGGAUACAUUUAUUUUUGAUGAUCAAAAGUAUUUUAGUAUCCAAAGCAUUGAUGAAAAGAUAUCAACACUAUCACAAGCAUUAACAUCAUUUAUCGUUUUUUAUCAAAAAAAUCCACCAAAUCCAAAGUACAAAGACAAGCAUAAUGAAGCUAACUCAUUAUAUAAUGCCUUUAUCACCGACUUUCACUUGAUAUUACAAAACUACAUUUGCGAGAUAGUGACAUCUAUACCUUUUUUUCGGCAAGUGAUUGGAGAUCUUCCCAAUACACCUAAGUUGUUAGAACUCAGUCAGAUAAUUAUUGGCCAAAUCCGCGAAAAAACAAUAUUUUCAGAAAAAUCAAUCUCUGCCUUUCAAUGUUUAUGCACCGUUGAAUCAUUUUGCGACGAAUUUCUCAAUAUAGGAAGAUUUACUGAAUUGUUUGUCGAUUUUAUCAAAUCAAACCAUUAUAACGAACUUUGUUCUUUAUUAAUCUCUUUUCAAACUGAUCAAUUCAUUUCUUCAAUAAAAAAGAAAGAUGCAGCUAUUACAAUUUUCCCUGUCCUUAAUUUUAUCGUCGGAAUUCAAGAGACAGAAAACAUCAUCCCAGAAAACGCUUUUUUGCACAUAAUCACAUUCGUUUAUAAUGUUUUCCAGCUUUCAUUUAAUGUUACAGAUCUACAACUCUUAGAUAAUGAUAAUUUCUUGCACAAACAACACCUUUUAUUAAAAUCUUAUCCUUUUUUCAAAAUUACCAAAAUAUUUCAAUCAUUAGGUGAGCAGGAUAAAAAUUAUCCAAUACACCCUAUUGUUUUGAAAAUUUAUUGCGAUUUAUUUUCAUUAUAUGGAAAUGAUCUCGAAAAACGAACGGAUUUAUUAAAUUACAUUGCAGAAAUAUCAUCAGUAUACACAGAAGAUUACGCAAAUGAAAUAAAACCUCGAAACUGGUUUUCACAAAUUAUUUUAACUCAUUUGCCAUUAUUUAACGCAUUUACAACCAUUCUAAAAUGUGUAGCACAUGUUACCCCCCAAAAUGUUACAGAAACAAUCAAUUUAAUGUUUGGUUUAAUUUCAUUUCCUAUAAAAGAUGGAAUUUUGUUUGAUGAUAUCAUGGAAUUCUUUUUUAAGUUGAUUACAGAAGACAAAAUAUCACAGAAAGAUUUCGGAGAUUCUAAUUUCAUCAAAAAAAUUAUUUUAAAUUCUCCUCCAAAAGAUUUAGCGUUAAAACUUGAACAGUCAAAACCAUUUCAAUUAGUUUUCAAGUCAGUAUUUGAUAUUUACAGGAUAGGAGAGCAUUCUCCACAGCUAAUUGACAAAUUAAUAAAAUGUGUAGAAGAAAAUUACAAAUAUCAAUUCACUGAUUACGUUACUGAUAUCAUGCAAACAAAUUAUAACACAAAUAUCCUCAAAUAUUUCAUUGAAAACUUAGAUUCGAAGUAUGUUCCCGAAAUUUUUUACCAAAUUCUAUCAUUUGAACACAUAAUUGACACAAUCAGGAUGUUCAGAGAUGGAGACUGCUUCUCAAUCGUUCAAAGAUGCCUAAAUAAAGGAAAUUGUUGGAUAAUUCCAUUUUUAACCUUCAUUAAUACUAUUGUAAUGCACGAAAACAAUCAUUUCUUUGAUGAUUGGGUUAUUUUACAAUCAAAAACAUCUCCUAUCUUCAAAGUCCAAAAAGAAUACAUCCAAGAUUUGGUUUUACCUCUUAUUCCAACAGAUCCAAUACCUAUUCCAAGUUUGGUACCACUAUGUGACGAAUUCACAACACAUUCCAACUACAAUCUCUAUCUUUUAGGUGCUUAUGCCCUCCCAAUUUACACAAAACUCGGAUUCCAAAUAGACAAGAUACCAAACAUCAAACUGAUAACCAAUAGAUUUGUCAGAUUGACAGAUUUCGAAACAAUUCUUGACAAAAAUGUCAGAAUUGUAUCUGAACUACUAAUGCAACCAGUUGAUGACUUUCCUAUAUUUGAGUUCUUUUCAGGUCAUGGUGCUGGAUGGCUGGAACCAGACAAUUCUCCAAUUUACACAAUGCUAUCAUUCAAUAUUAGAUUUGAUGAACAGUCUAGAGAAAUCUACGGAUUCUUAAUGUUUAACAAUAUAAUUAUUUCAAUACACAAUGAUCAACUAAUUGCACCUGAUGGAAAAUCUGUAAAAACAAUUGAAAUAGGAAAGUGGUACAAUAUCAUUUUGCUGUAUAACAAAUCAUCUAACACGAUAUCUUUCUACAUUGACAAGACUAUUUUGUUUUCAGUUUCAUCACAGGAAAAAGGAAUUCUUUUGCAGACAAUAGGAAACAGAGAAGUUCCAGCAAUUAUGAUGUCAGUUUCUAAUAAUGUUUUUGGAGUUACAAAACCAAUGAAUGAAUCAGAAGCAUUAAAUAUCAAAAUCCCUAGUACUAGUAAUAUUCUUUUAAAACCUAUGAAAUCAGUUGGUUUAGCACUCUAUAAUGCGGCUAACUCUCUUUAUUCAAAUGAUCAAAAUAUAAUGAGAUUGUUUGAAAGACUUGGAAACUUCAAUCAAAGUAACAAAGAUGACUAUAUUAGAAUAAUUGCAAUGAUCCCAGACAUAUGCAAGAUUGAUUACGAAAUGUUUUUCAAACAUUUCGUCAACAUAUUAAAAGAAAUGUCGAAUUUCUGUGAAGUUGGAUGGACAAAAGAAUUUGCAUUGUCAAUUUUUUGGGUGAAAAACCAAAUUUUGAGAUCAGAAAUUUUCAUUAAUGUGUUCAAUGACUUCGAAUUCUGGUCCACAAUGCCGUAUCAAAGUCUCAUCGAGUUUCUAGAAACUGUUACGAGUUUUAUUUCAUCUCACAAAGACAUCUUGAGUUUUGGGAAAUUGAACCAAAACAAUUUCUUCAGACAACUGAUUUAUUUGAUUUUUGCAGUACAAAAUUCAAUGCUUUACAAAAACUUGAUUGAUUUUUAUGUUUAUUUCCUUCAAUUUUCUCCAACAAACAAGAAAAUGACAGCACAGAUCGUCAGAUCAUCAAAUGUUUGGUCAUUAAGUAACUCAAUGGAUUUGAUUGACAAUCCAUUGGAACCAUUUUGUCUAAACUUUUCUCAUCAAAGUGAAAGACAGAGUUAUUUUGUACUAAAAUUGUUAGAAUUUGAUGACAAAACCAUAUUUUCAUUGAAUGAUUUACUAAGUUUGUCAUUCACAACAAACCAAGAAUGUUCUUUGAAAGCAUUACUUUGUUUAAUUCAAAAUGGAUUCGACCAAAUGUUUUUGGAACAAAAUAUUUCUUUGUUGAAUUUAUGCUUCCAAAGAUUUCCAUAUAAUUUACAAAUAUGGAAUUACAUAUAUUCCAAACUAUGUGACACAGAAAUAGAUAUCACAAAACAAUACGAAAAAUUAGUAAUCAAGAACCAUACUUUUAUUUCAUCAAUAAUCUCAAUGAUGAUUUCGAUUUUCAAAAAGUCAAUUCAAAGUAAUGCACAAAAAGUGGAUAAAUCUUCAGAACAGGAAAUAAAUAAAUCAGAAAACGCUAAUAAAAAUGAUGAAAACUUGCAAGCUUUUAGUUUUGUAAAAGAAAAAUUUCUCUUAGUGUUUAAGAAUUCAUUAAAUUAUUUCACGUCCCAGUAUUUAUAUUCAUUUAUUGAUUUAAUAUCAGGAGGGGCAACUAUUAUGCCUGAAACAGUAUGCGAAGAAGUUAAAAUACCAAAAUCAAUUAAACUAAAUAAAAGUGAAAUGAUUUUGGUGAAACCACAUAUUGCAGACAUUUACAAGAGAUGGUUAUUUAAUGUACAAAGAAUUUUAGAAGAGAGGUCAUUUAAAGGUGAUUUAUCAGAUGAUUAUUGCGAAUUCAUUUCUGAUUUUUUAGUCAGUUUAGUAAAAGAACAAUGCGGAGAUUGGUCAUCAAAAUCACCAAGAGCAAUUUACAUCAUAUGUCAGUAUUCUGACUUCAAAAUACAAGAAAAGUUUUUCGUGAAAUAUUUGGACGAUAUUGGGAAAUCCUCCAAAAAAGUUCUUAUGGCAUUGGCAGAUUCUUUGGCUAUUUUGGCAAAUACAAAAAUAGAUAAAGUCAAAAAUUCACUUUUGCCAAAGGAAGUUUUAGAAUUUUGUCAGAAAAACGAGAAAAUGUCAAAUAUAUUUAUCAAAUUUUUAAUUUUAAUUUUCCCAUACAUUGAUAAUGAUUUGUAUUUAAUAAUGUACUUGAUCAAACCAAAUAUUAACAGCUUAACAAUAAGUCAAACUUUAUUAUUACUCCAAAAUUUAAUGAAAAGAGAAAGUUCUCAAAGUAUUGAUGAAUUUUUGGAUUUGGUUUUGAAGAGAGCGAAGAAAGUUGUUUAUUUCACAGGCACAUUCACAGACGAGCAAAGUAGGCUCGAAACAGCAAUAAAAUUGAACGAGGAUCUCAGAAAAAUGGAAAAUAUAAAUAAUAUUUUAGAAAAAUGUCAAAUUUCAGAGAAUUUAGAAAUUCCAGAGAAAAUUGACAUCAAUUUUAUUGAUGUAAAAAGAUUGAUACAGAAUUUAUACAGAAUUGUAUCAAAGAAUGCCAUUUUUGUUUGGUACAAUCUCAGAACAUUUUAUUUGAACUUAAAUCAUUACCUGAAAGAACAGGAAAAAUUUAUAUGUUUGAAGAGUUACAAUUCAUACCAAUCAAUGUCACAAAAGAAUGAAAUACUGUCUUAUCGAAUGUCUCCAUUCUGUUUGCCAAUAUCUUGCCCAUGUUGUAUUAUUCCUUCGCCUUUUCCAAUUUAUACUCCUUCGUCAGAAACUCAACCUAAUAUUGUCAGUCCUAAAACAACAAUGUUUGGAUUGAUGGCAGACUUCGAUAUCAAUUUAGAAAUGUAUGAGUAUCUUCCUCAGAAAAUGUUCAGGGUUUCUGGUUUGUUUUACACAAGAGAAUCAGACCUUUUGAAUCUUUUCUUGUCAAUUUAUGGCGAUUUUAAUUUUUCAACCAAUGGAAGAUUGAUUAGAUUGGAUACAAAAGUUCCCUGUGUCAUUUUUACAUCUGCAAAAUCAUUGACUAUACUGACAGGUGCUCAAUUAAAAGAGGAUAACAUUUUGUCACUUUUGCCAGUAACUCCACAGAGUUACACAACACUUUUAGAAUCAGCUUUUCUCAAUGAAUACGGCGAAUACGGAAUGUUCUGCGGAAGAAUUGUUUUAACUAUUAAUUUACAAACUUUAUUAACUGUUCGACCGUUUAUUUAUUGUUGUCACCUUUUCUCAUUUGAAGUAUUUUCUGCCACUGCUGGAAAUUUCAUUUUAGUUCUUGAUAAUUCCAUACAAAUUCCAAAAUUAACACAGAAUUAUGAAGUUCAAAAUUUAGAGGAAAUCACAGACAAAUGGGUUAAUGGAUAUAUAUCUAAUUUCGACUAUCUUUUGUCUGUAAAUUACUUCGCCUUGAGAUCUUUCGUUGAUUUGAGCUCUUAUCCAGUUUUCCCACGAAUUGUUUUGUCAUUCAAAGGCCAGAAAGAUGAACAAAUUCCAAUGCGCGAUCUAUCUAAACCAGUACAAAUUAAUACUGAUUUUGAUAUUUCAGCAAAGAAAUUGAUGUCGAGAUUCUCAAUGCAAAAGUUUUUCCACGCAGAAAAUGUCUCUAAUCCAAUGAUUGUUUCCUCUCUUUUGGUAAGAAUCAUUCCAUUCUGCAGAUAUCAGUGGUUUAUCAAUGAAGGAUGGGAUGCAGGUGAUAGAAACUUUUUAUCAAUUCCUUUUCACUUGACAAUUACUGCAAAAACAAUGUACGAAUUGAUUCCAGACCAUUUCAUAACUCCUGAAGUUUUUGAAAAUGUAAAUAGAUUUUAUCUCAAAAAUGGAACAAAAUUUGAUACAUUGUUACCAAAUUGGUCUGAUAGUAUAACAAAUUUUGUUGAGAAACAUCGGUCCUUUUUGGAGAAAAAUUCGACAAGAUUAGAAUUAAAUAACUGGAUAGACUUAAUUUUCGGAGUCAAAAAUUCUUCAAAAGACGAUUAUAAUAUCUUUAAUCCGUUUAGUUAUUCAGAAAAUGCAGAUUAUUCUGACAAGCAAAAGCUCGACCAACAACAGAAUUGGACAGAAAUGUGCGGCCAAGUUCCUAAAAAAGUUUUCAACGAAUUACAUAAAAAGGCUAAUUUUGUUGGAAAACAAGAUUAUAUCGGUUUGUCUUUGGUAUUGAAUUCACCAGAGUAUUCAAGAAAAAUUCACAUUUGCAAGCAGAGAUGUAUUUUAGAAGAAAACAAUAUUUGCUUACUAACUUCAGAAGAUUUUGCAAAUGCAUGUCACAUUUCUCAGUCAAAAAACGGUUUAUUUGUUGCUGUCACUUUUUCGAUUUCAUUAGUCCGAUGCUUUAUGAGAUCAAAAGAUGGAAAUUUGCUUAGUUUAUGUUGUUUGAGAGUGACAGCUCCUUUGAAAACAGAAGUAUGCGAAAGCUGCAUGAUUGCAGUAACUAUUUGUGAAGACAAAAUUGUUUUCUGGAGUAUUUCGAGUGGUUCAAUUUUAAAAGAAGUAAAACUUGACAACUUAAAUGCAUUAACUAUUGACAAUGAUUUAAACUUAGUUUUUGUUUCUUCUGGAUCUAAGAUUUAUCAAUUCACUAUUUCAGGUACAUUUAUAAGGCUGUUUGAAAGCAAUUCUUUAGUUAGUUCAAUUUGUUCUUUUGGAUGCACAUUUAGCUUUGAAGAAAGAAAUCUCGCCGUUGGAUCAACUGAUGGAAUAGUAAGAAUUUAUGUUUACAAGGAUGAAUUAAAUCAGUUAGAACAAGUUAGAAAAGAGAGAAUUUCAAAAUGUCCGAUAACAAGGUUGAUUUCUGACCCAUUUAAUAACAAUUUAUUUGUGUUUGAUACACAAUCGAUUUUCACUUCUUUAGAUUUAUAA